ACAGUGAUCUUAAAGUGACCAGUUUUCCCCCAAAAUGCAUGAUAUGGAUCAUUCCUGUCCAUGGAUCCACCCAUAAUUCUGACCUCUGGCCUCCCCUUCAGUCUUGCACAGGUGUACCGGCUCCUCCCCUUCAGUCUUGCACAGGUGUACCAGCUCCUCCCCUUUAGUCUUGCACAGGUGUACUGGCUCCUCCCCUUCAGUCUUGCACAGGUGUACCAGCUCCUCCCCUUCUUUCUUGCACAGGUUUACCGGCUCCUCCCCUUCAGUCUUGCACAGGUUGUACCGGCUCCUCCCCUCCAGUCUUGCACAGGUGUACCGGCUCCUCCCCUUCAGUCUUGCACAGGUGUACCGGCUCCUCCCCUUCAGUCUUGCACAGGUGUACCAGCUCCUCCCCUUCAGUCUUGCACAGGUGUACUGGCUCCUCCCCUUCAGUCUUGCGCAGGUAUAUCGGCUCCUCCCCUUCAGUCUUGCACAGGUGUAUCGGCUCCUCCCAUUCAGUCUUGCACAGGUAUAUCGGCUCCUCCCCUUCAGUCUUGCACAGGUAUAUCGGCUCCUCCCCUUCAGUCUUGCACAGGUAUAUCGGCUCCUCCCAUUCAGUCU